AUGGCGGCCGCGGGCGCGGCGGAGCUCUUCCGGAGCCUCGGGCGUUUCGGCGGGGCGCCCGGCGCGGGCGGCGCGGGCGGCGCGGGCGGUGCGGCGGCGCCGGCGGCGCCAGCGGUGCUGGUGCUGGGCGGCUCCACGUUCAUGGGCAGGGAGACGGUGGCCGGCGGCUCCAAUAGGGACCAGAUCUCCAACGUGGAGGCGCUCCUCGCAUGCCCCGCCCGCGUCUGCACGGUGAACCGGGGCAGGUCCUACUGGGGCGUCGAGGACGCUUCCGGCGGCCGCGCCGCGCGGGCGCUGGCCGACCGCGACGACGCGGGCGCCUUCGCGGCGCGCCUGGACCAGGUGACCGAGCGGCUCGGAGUGGGGCGGUGGGCGCUGGUGGCGGACUUCUCGGCGUACAGCGCGCGGGACAUGCAGGCGUCGCUGGCGGGCCUCAAGGGCCGGUUUGACACCUACGUCUUCGUGUCCUCGGACUCGGUGUACGAGGUGAGCGCCUGGGCCGCCUCGGGCUGGGGGCCAAGGUCGACGCCCGGGGUGGCCGAGGCCGCGGCGGAGCGCCCAGCGGACCAGGAGGCGCGCCGGCGGCUGCGCCGGGCGGACUCGUACGGCGACGGCAAGCUGCAGGCGGAGGAGGCCCUGGCCGCGGGCGUGGGCCAGAGCCCAGGCUGCCGCGGCCUCGCCCUGCGCCUGCCCGACGUCAUCGGGCCCUUCGACGACACGCACAGGCUGUGGGCCUACUGGCACUGGCUGCAGGCCGGGCCGGAGGACCCGCCGCAGAGCCACGCGGCCUCGAGCAAGAGGGACGUGCCACUGGCCUUCGUGUUCAGCCGCGACGUGGCCCGCUUCAUCGCCGGGCUGGUGGGGGCGGCGCUCCCAGCGGACGGCCCGCGCUGCGACGCGCUGAACCUGGCCUGCGAUCAGCAGCCCGCGCUGCCCGAGCUCCUCGGCCUCCUGGCGCGCAGCGCCGGCCUGGCGGGGCCGCCGCCGCUCGCCGAGGUGCCGAGCCCCAAACGUUCCUGCCGAGCGUGGAGCGGCCGGUUCCGCUGGAGUGCGGGCGCAUGCGGACCGCCUACGGCUUCGUGCCCACGCCGCUGUGCCAGGUGCUGGACGCCUGCGCGGAGUGGUUCGGCCGCGCGUGCUCGGAGUUCCCGCGCGAGGCCACGAAGGCCGCGAGGAAGCUGCCGCCCCGGGCUCGCGGGGCGGCCCUCCAUCCGGGCCGGGCUCGCGGCCGCGUCCAGCACCAGCAGCAGCGGUGGCAGCAGCAGCGGCAGCGACAGCGAGGAGGACUGUUGA